AUGGCAUCCUCGUCAGUCACGGUCCAUGCGCUUCGAGCGGGUCGCUUCACCAUCCCGGAACACAUCUUUGUUACCGGGGCAUCGGAAUUAGACAGAAAGACUGUCCCUUCACUUGCAUUCCUUAUCCAACAUCACAACAUCUCGACAGGAAAAACGACAAGGAUUGUUUUUGACCUUGGGUUGCGAAGGGAUAUUAGGCGGUACCCUGCUCCCAUUGAGAGACAUUUGAGGACAAGACAGCCUCUUGAAACAGAUCCGGAUGUUGUCAAGAGCCUUGCAGCUGGAGGGUUAUCGCCCAAUGAUAUUGAUUAUGUGCAUUGGGAUCAUGUUGGUGAGCCUCGCGAUUUCACUCGGAGCACAUUUGUCGUUGGUUAUGGGUCGCUUGACCUACUCAGAGGCAAGAUCCCAGCGCCACGGGGGAGCCAUACGAUCUUUGAGCACGACUUAAUCCCCCAUGAUCGUACAGUUCAGCUUCUAGAUCCUGGUAUCUCCGAUACCGGAUUAAACUUGAAUGAACCCAACAGCGAGGAGUCACCAGGAUCGCCGGACUUCAAACAACUCUGGAAGUCUCAUUCCGAGGGAUCAGUUUCAUGCAUCGCCAUGGAUGUAUUUCAUGACGGUAGCGUGUAUCUCAUUGACGCGCCCGGCCAUUUACCCGGUCACACCAAUCUUCUCGCUAGGACUGAUAUGGGCUCCAUCUACCUAGCCGGUGAUGCGUGCCAUGAUAGGGGUAUUCUCCGCAAGGAGCGAGGAAUCAGCCAGUGGCAAGAUUCCACUGGCCAUGUGUGUUGCAUCCAUGCAGACCCCAAGAGGACUGAGGAAACGCUUGAACUCCUCAGGGCACUUGAGCGGCAGGGAGUUGAGGUAAUUUUGGGCCAUGACGUGGAUUGGGAAAUGGAUCCGGUGAAUGCACAUAGAUUCUGGGGACACGCAGAAAGUGAAGGACGAUCCAAGGGUCAAGAUAAUAAAGCUCAUUCUCGUCAAUCAGAGCUCUGA